AUGGCGCCUGUGGUGACCGCUGCGCUGGGCGCGUUAGGCCCUCUGCUGGGGAAGCUCGCUGAUUUGCUCGCCGGCGAGUGCGGCCACCUGAAAGGGGUUCACCGAGAGAUCCGCUCCCUCCAGUCUGAGUUUAAAGGUAUGCAUGGUGCGCUAAAUAAGUACGCAAGGCUGGAAGACCCUGAUGACCAAGUGAAGGAAUGGGUAUCACUGGUGAGGGAGUUGGCCUACGAUACAGAGGAUCUUUUCGAUAAGUUCAUUCACCAUCUCGGCAAAGGAGGGGAGGGCGAGGGCUUUAAGGAGUUCUUCCGCAAGACCGCUCGCCGUGUAAAGACGCUCGGAGCUCGGCAUGGAAUUGCCAGCCAAAUCGACGACCUACAGCUUCGUAUCAAGCAAGUGAAAGAGCUCAAGACUAGCUACAAGCUGGAUGAUGUUGCUUCUAGCAACCUGGGCCAAGCCACCGUGGAUCCCCGGUUGGCCGCUCUUUUUGUUGAGGAGGCACACCUUGUUGGCAUUGAUGGUCCAAGAGACGAGCUUGCCAGGUGGAUGCUGGGAGAAGAAAGCAAUCAUCAUCACAGGGUGUUCUCGAUUGUUGGGUUCGGUGGAUUGGGAAAGACAACACUGGCGAAUGAAGUCUAUCGCAAGAUUCAAGGGCGUUUUGACUGCCAUGCUUUUGUGUCAGUCUCACAAAAGCCAUAUACAAAGAAAAUCAUCAAGGAUUUGAUUUCACAGGUGUCUUGCAAGGAUGAAUUCACAAAAGAUUUGGAGAGCUGGGAUGAAAAGAAAUCCAUUGGAAAGCUAAGAGAACUAUUACAAGAUAAAAGGUAA